CCUUAACCAUGUGAACUUGCGUCGAAUUUUCUCACGCGACCCUUGAGCUCUUCCCUCAGCCAAAAGACCAAAGGUGUGGGGGGGAAGACGAUGAUGAGGAUGACAAUCGACAUCGCCACUCUCCCCAUAACUGCUACUCUCAAUCAUCCUCAACCCACUCGUAUAACACUAGACCUCAUUGAAGGCCCCCAGAUCUCGAUUGAAUGUCAGCUGAAUCCUCGAACAAAGUGGACGCUCAAACCGCUCCCAAGAAGAAGCUCGCCCCCGCCGGGGGCAUGCUCAACCUCCAGAGCCGAGACCCCUUUGCGGACGCCGACUUUGGCUCGCCCGCUUCCUCGGCUACGGCGGGUGCCAAGGCCAACGCGAGCAGGACCAGUACGCCCAAGAUCGAUGAUGAUCUCGGUGGUGUGGCGGGUGGGAAGAUCCAUAUCCGUAUCCAGCAGAGGAACGGGAGGAAGACGUUGACCACCGUCCAGGGGUUGGACAAGGCUUAUGACCCUAAAAAGAUCUUGAAGGCGUUCAAGAAGGAAUUCGCAUGCAACGGCAACGUCGUCUCCUCCGAAGAAGCCGAGCUCGGAGCCGACGCUCCUGAACCCGCCGUCCCUGCGGGCAAGACCAAGCCCAAUUUCGGACAGGUCAUCCAAUUGCAAGGCGAUCAGAGGAACGCGGUCAGGGAUUUCCUUGUUAGCACGGGGAUCGUCUCGGAGAGGGAGGCCAAGGAGAAGAUUCAGAUUCACGGACACUAGGCUCCAAGGGACACGCCGCCGAGGAAAAGUUGUUUCUCAUGUCUUCUUUCGUCUGUCUCGUAUCACACGUUGUCGUUCUCGUGCUGUCCAUAUCACCAUGUCGAUGCAUUAGAUGAUGCCACUGA